GGUUCUCAAGCUGGGCAGCUCCCCUCCAGAGCCCAAACGCGUAUGGAUCUGUGGCACUGCCACGUGCUUCUCAUUCAAUGGGGCUUGCAUUUUUGGUAUGAAAAAGUAGAGAGAGAGCGAGAGAGAAAAAGAUGAGAGAGAUUAGAUCUGAGAGAGAGGGGGAGAGUGCAGAGCAAACGCCAUUAAUUAUAUGGUAGUAAUUUCAGACCCCUGUUCCUGUGAUUCUCACCCCACCCCCCCCACCCCCCCCGGUGCCCUUCCUCCAUAAGUACCCCCUCUCCGUUCCCCCUUCUUCCCCGCAAUUCCACACACAAACCCAUUUUCUCAGCCUUCCUCUCUCCCUCUCUGUCUCUCUGCAAUGGCGUUUGUGAACCUGUUCUUCUUUGCUUCACUCUUAUGCUCUUUAGCAGCCGUUAAGGCCCGCAUCCCCGGCGUUUACACCGGCAGCUCGUGGCAGAGCGCCCACGCCACCUUCUACGGCGGCAGCGACGCCUCUGGAACCAUGGGUGGAGCUUGCGGGUAUGGGGACCUGUACAGCCAGGGGUACGGUGUGAACACGGCGGCGCUGAGCACGGCGCUGUUCAACCAGGGGCUGAGCUGCGGAGCUUGCUUCGAACUCAGAUGCACUGAGUCGAAGUGGUGCAACCCCGGCAUGCCCUCCAUUCUCGUCACCGCCACCAACUUCUGCCCCCCCAACUGGGCCAUUCCCAGCGACAAUGGAGGCUGGUGCAACCCUCCUCGCUCUCACUUCGACCUCGCCAUGCCCAUGUUCCUCAAGCUCGCCGAGUACCAAUCCGGAAUCGUCCCCGUCAAUUACCGCCGGGUGCCAUGCCGAAAGCAAGGAGGAAUCAGGUUCACGAUCAACGGUUUCCGUUACUUCAACUUGGUUUUGGUCACGAACGUCGCGGGUGCAGGGGACAUCGUGAGGGUGCUCAUCAAGGGCACGAACACGGAGUGGAUGGUGAUGAGCCGCAACUGGGGUCAGAACUGGCAGUCCAACGCCGUUUUGGUUGGUCAGUCACUUUCCUUCAGGGUCACCGGCAGUGACCGCCGCACCUCCACCUCCGUGAACGUGGCGCCCGAUAACUGGCAGUUCGGGCAGACCUUCUCGGGCAAGAAUUUCCGGGUCUGAUCCUCUCGGAUCCUCAGAGUGUUUUUACCGCGUUUGGCUUGCUUCGUUUUUCCUGGGGAAGUUGAAUGCGGUAAAAAAGUUUAAAAAAAAAAAAAAAAGGUGAAAAAAAAAGAGUUAAUGAAAUUGGGCUUGGGGUAGGGAUUAUUUGAAAGCAGGGUCAAAAGUGAUAGGCAGAAAAUUUGAAGCGUUGUGGUAACUUUUUUUUUUUUUUGUUUCUAUUUUGUUAUUUCCGGGUCGGUUGUGUACUUUUGUUUUGUGGGUGGGGGUUUUUAUUCGGGUCGGGGCUGAAGCGGCUGCAGGAAAGAACAUGUGGCCCGCAGCUCUUAUUAUAUAUUUUCAUCAUUUCCAUAUAAUGAAAUAUAAUAUUAUAUAUA